AUGCACAUCAGCAGGUUCGUGGCGUCGGCCGUCAUGGCCUCGACCGUAACCGCUGAGACCAAGUUCUGCGGCGCGCCCAACGAUUACGAAGUCCUCAUGGGCACUCCGUGGAUUGUCUACUCGAUGAACUACAACUACAAGUCGAUCAGCGGAUCAUGCUGCACGGCGUACUCGGGCACGUCGGGCGAGGGUGAUGCGCAGCGCAUUCAGUGGAGCAGCAUUUGGGAGAUCGACCCGAAUGUUAACAAGGACGUCGUCAAGGGAUACUCCUUCAUCGGCCUGACGCAAAACCUCGAGACCCGUCUGAGUGACAUCAAGAGCAUCCCAAGCACGUACGACUGGACCGUCUCCAACACCUCUGCCUAUAAGGGCAACGUUGUGUACGACUUCAUGACCUCCGACACCAAAGGCGACAGCACGUCGAGCUCCGCGCAAGAACUCAUGUUGUGGCUUCGAUACGAGGGCGGCCAAGUGCCGAUCGGGUGGGCCGAAGGGCCGACGGCGACUAUUGAUGGCCUCUUUGGCAAGGACGGAUGGAAACUCUACCAGGGCAAAAACACGGACACGGGCAUCACGGUUUCGUCGCUUUUGGUGCCGGAGAACAACCAGUUCGGAGACCUAGAGAACGGUUCCUUUGAGGGAGACAUCAAGGACUGGCUGUCUGCGUUGGCGAAGCAGGGUGUGUUCUCGGAGAGCACAUACGUCAAUGUCGGAAAUGCGGGCAUGGAACCUUAUUGGGGUACCGUCACGUUCAACAACACCCUCGGCUUGAGGAUCAACCUUUGA